AUGGCUACCAACGGUGAUUUGCCGUCCGAUGACGAGUUUUCUCAACCCGGCACACCCCCUGGCGACGAGAACGAUGUUGAUGAUAUCGAGGAAACCAACCAGCCACCCAAGUCCGCCCUCAAAAAGGGCACCUCAGCAACCAUCCCCGAAGCGCAGGUCCCUAGACCGGUUCUGCCUGAACAACCCGACCCGAAAGACCUCGAUGUCUCGAAACUGACUCCUCUAUCACCCGAGAUCAUCGCAAGACAAGCUACGAUCAAUAUUGGCACCAUAGGUCAUGUGGCUCACGGCAAAUCGACCGUCGUCAAGGCCAUCUCAGGCGUGCAAACUGUCCGAUUUAAAAAUGAAUUAGAACGGAACAUUACCAUCAAGUUGGGAUAUGCCAACGCCAAAAUCUACAAGUGCGACAACCCCGAGUGUCCCAGACCUACAUGCUACAAAUCCUACAAAUCGGAAAAGGAGGUCGACCCUCCUUGUGAAAGAGAAGGAUGUGGCGGCACGUACCGACUUCUGCGUCAUGUGUCGUUUGUCGAUUGCCCUGGUCACGAUAUUCUGAUGAGUACCAUGUUGUCUGGCGCCGCCGUCAUGGACGCCGCAUUGCUUCUGAUAGCAGGGAAUGAAAGCUGCCCCCAGCCACAGACUUCGGAACAUCUUGCAGCCAUCGAGAUCAUGAAGCUCAACCAUAUUAUCAUCCUACAGAACAAGGUCGACCUCAUGCGAGAAGAAGGCGCACAGGCACAUUACGAGUCGAUUCUGAAAUUCAUAAAGGGCACCGUCGCGGAUGGCUCACCGAUCAUCCCCAUCUCUGCCCAGCUGAAGUACAAUAUUGAUGCGAUCAAUGAAUACCUGGUCACCAAAAUCCCCGUUCCGGUGCGAAACUUCAGCGCAGCACCACAUAUGAUCGUCAUUCGAUCGUUUGACGUGAACAAGCCUGGCGCAGAAAUUGAGGAUCUCAAGGGUGGUGUCGCAGGUGGUUCUAUCCUCACUGGCGUCCUCAAACUCGGUGACGAAAUCGAAAUCCGCCCAGGUAUCAUCACGAAAGACGCAACCGGUCAGACUGUCUGCCGCCCAAUCAUGUCCCGUGUGGUGAGCUUGUUCGCCGAACACAACGAUCUGAAAUUUGCCGUGCCUGGAGGUCUGAUCGGCGUGGGCACACGUGUGGACCCAACACUUUGCAGAGCAGACCGUCUCGUCGGCCACGUCUUGGGUCUGAAGGGCCAGCUCCCGGAAAUCUACAUGGAACUUGAGGUUAACUACUUCUUGCUCCGGCGUCUGUUGGGCGUCAAGACUGCAGACGGCAAACAAGCCAAAGUGGCCAAACUCGCAAAGAACGAAGUGUUGAUGGUGAACAUUGGGUCUACAGCGACGGGCGCUAAGGUUAUGGGUGUCAAGGCUGAUGCAGCCAAACUGACCUUGACUAACCCAGCCUGUACGGCGAUUGGCGAGAAGAUUGCACUGAGUAGGAGAAUCGAGAAGCACUGGCGAUUGAUUGGGUGGGCAAACAUUGUGGCCGGCAAUACCAUCGAACCAGAGUCUUCCUAG